CAGUAAACAACACGACGUCAUUUCCGCUUUCAGGUUGACAGCAAAACAACAGAAGGAGUGAUAAAAAUAUAUAUCAAGGAAUCAUUUCUGAUAAUCUGCCUGUGACAGAAUGAAGGUGCUCACUUCUCAGCAGGAGGUAGAGGAGGACAGUAGCUCAUCUCCAGUUGACUGCAACAACCACCACAGCUGUGAGGACAGAGAACAGGAGGAUGUUGCUCCUUACCUCCAAGAGGAACACCCUCAUGACACAGAUAAGGACCACCCUCGGCAAGAAGGAGGAGUCAUGUGGAGAGUGGGCGGUGGCCUGUUCAGCAUGACACGAAACGCUGUUGGUGCGACCCUGGGAGGUGUUGCAUGGGUAGGAACUAAAAGUUUUGAGCUCACCAAGACAGCUGUGACCAGUGUGCCGGCAGCCAGUGUAGGAUUGGUCAAAGGGAGCGUUUCCAUGGUUACAGGAGGCGUCGGAGCAGUGGGAUCUGUGGUGGCAAGUAAAGUCACACCAAAGAAGAAGGACAAAGCAGACUGAUGGACUCUGAGCUCUUGUGUGCAGUUGUCUGUGUGUGUGUGUGUGUGUGUGUGUGUGUGUGUGCGUGUAAUGCAAACAAAAGCAAAAUACCUCGAAAGCUUGGAAUGGAUUUUCAUCACAGUUCCUCAGAUUAAAGCAUGUAUUCGCUAAGCUAAAAGGAUUCAAAAGCAGCUAGAUGUCACUCAUUGUCAAUGGAAACCUGCUAUACAAAGCGUCACGGCCAUCAAAGGUGCAGCAAGUGUGUUACAAUAAGGAGUAGAGAAAUGUUUCAUUUUAUGUAAAUGUCCCAUGAUGCAUGGGAAGCAACAUGUCACAGAAAAUGAAUAUGUUGCUGAAAACAUUUGUCCAAUCAGAGACUAAGGAAGAGGCAGCAGACGGCCUAUCAGUUUGCACCUGCAUGUCGGAACGCAUUGUUACAUUUUCAUUGAGCAUCCAACUGCAUAAGUCAUAAAAAAUGUUAAAUUCAUUACAAAAUUUUAAGAAAUAUUUAUGUUGAUUUUGCGGUCACAUGAUAUGUCCAUAAAUGGACUGGUUAGUGCAGUACAACUGGUUUCAUUGGGAAUCAGAAGGAGUGAUUCAGCACUACAUGCAUUUCACUAUGGCGUCUGAGUACUGUUCAGUUUAUAUAGGUUUGUUUUUAUGUUCUGUUACGUGGUCCUCGAGCUGUAAGUUUAGAACACGUUUACUUUCGUUAUGCACAACCGUGUCACAUUCUGCACAUUUCUACAACUGAGGUGGAGAGUGGAAAAUAUAGCAAGACCCAUUGUCAAACAUUACUGUGAGAAUUUGUACAAAAUCAUUUUAUGUUGUUUAAGGGUACACUGGCAUUUUCAAUAUUUCUUUUCCUUAGUGUUGGUUUGUUUGUUUAAAAAAGCUUUUUGUUUAAUUUGAUGAUUCCUUUCUUAUGCUCCCUCCCCUCCCCCCCAGCAGAGUUGCCACUAUCUUGGAAUUACUGAAGUGAAUUUGGCAUGAUCAUAUACAAAAUCAAUACAUAUACAGUAAGUGUCACACACACUCCCAGUGCUUGCGGUUGUUCUCAAGCUUUCGGCUAAUGUACAGUAAGAUAUUCUGGCUAUUUGGAGCAAAUAAACACAAAUUUAGCAAAGUCAAACUCGUGGGAGCAGCACUUGUCCAAGAUAUCCAAGAUAAUGCUUUGUUUUUUGUGAACACAAGCACAGAUUGAAAUCAGACAGAUAGUAGAUUUAUUGAGUCCUGUGAGUUGUCAAUACUUAUUUAAAACUCAAUAUUUAUUUAAAAUUUCUCCCAUUUGUCCUGAACAUUGAAAUUUUCCAGACCAUGUGGCCCAGCACCAUUUUUUUUUUGCCCCUGUUAAUGACCUGCUUUAUGUCAUUUUAACCGUUCUGGUGUAAUUUUGAGUUGAGCUAAGGAUGCUUUAAAACACUGGGAAAUACUGUGAGCAAUAACGUGAGGAGGGGCCCUGAUGUCGAGGGGAAUACAUAGACGAGAAUAGAUGAGAUAGCUGUUUUCUGCCAGACACUUUCCUCCUCAGAAUACGUUGUUUUUUCUGUAUCCUCAGAGGAAAUUAUCAGUGUAUCACCACUAACAUGGAACUUGGAACUGAUUGUGACAAGUCAACUCCAGAGAUGCUUUAAGCGCUCUGUGUUCGGCUGUUUACAAGCUAGCUGGCUAAGUUAAAUUGCUCCUUAGCUAUCCUUAGUCCUUAGCCCUGUUCCCGUGAGUCAGAUAUUUCCCACUGCCGAGGAGCUCUUUCUUUUCAGUCUCGUGUACUUAUUUUUCUGUUGUGUUCAGCACAAAGUUUUUCAGACUGAAAAUAGCACUUCACUUUAACAACUAGAGUAAUGGUACUACUUUGAAACAGAAUGUUGCAACAGGAAAGCAUAGCAACAUUUCCUGGUAAUGUUGGACAUGGCUAUGUCAUGGAACAAGAGGCAAAUAUUUAGUUAUUGGUGUGGUUAACCUCACAAUGUAGCUGUUCAUAAAGCACUUUAUUAUAAUUCCUAAACCAUUUUUGUUUUUUUUAGCAAUUUCCUUCAAAUGCAGUCGGACUGCGAUUCAGAGAAGUGACACCAGGCUAGAGCAUCUCAACUUUAAAUUUGGAGUUUGUGGUUGUAAAAUUAGGCAAGGACCAUAGGACAUAGUCUGCUACUCACUUGUCUCUGCCCGUUUUUUAAAUGAAUUCAAACAAUCAAAUGUCAUUUCAGUUCGUAUUGUUACUGCAGUAUGUGUAAGAUACUGAAAUCAAAGUAACCCUCGCAAGAAAGCUACUGAUUUUGGUUGGUGUGACACCUAUGGAUCAGCAGUAUUAAUAUGUGAGUUAUAAAUGUAUGGGUCAUGAUGACAUAAACAUUGUAUAAAAAAAUAAUCCAUAGCAUGUACAGCUGUUAUAUUUGCUUGUGAAUGCAUAAACUUAGCAGUAAUUCCUGGUGACCAGUGCAGAGACACAAGAAACUGAGUUCUGUUGUCACAAUGAAACAACUGAAUCUUUGAGAAGUUUGAGAACUGACUGAGUAAUAUAUACAAGUGAAAACACUGGGAUGGUUUGAACAUACGUUAAAUGUUGCAGUUCUUAAGUUGUGCGAUCAAAUGAGGGUCUAAAGGGAGUUACAGAUGAUAGUUUGUUCAUACAGAGAAGCGUUAAGUGGAGGGAAACUAUCAUAUGUAAAUGUUAACAUCAUUAAAAGAAAAUGUGAUAGAUCACUUUAAAUAAAUGACAGUCCACAUCCUGUUUGGGACUUGUACAAGCAAAUGCA